GAAAACUAGAAAACGCAGUAUCCUUUAGCAAAGAAAAUACUUAAAAUCUUUUUAUGCAACUCGUUUAUUUCACUGAAAUUAUAGAAAUUCGAAGCAACAACGAGCCGGAUCUUCCAAGAAUUCCUGGUCUCUCUUCUCUCCUGUUCACUUCCGGCGGCUUUGAGAAAUAGUCACGCUCGAAACUCCACCAGUGGCAGAUAUUGAGAAAGGGAGACCUAAAGAUCGAUAUUUCUCACAGACGGAGAUCGUAGAGGUAAAAGGGGGCAUUCUGCUAAAAUGGAUUUGGACCAAUGGAUAGUGAAGGUGAAGGAGGGACAGCACUUGGCCGAGGACGAGCUUCAGCUUUUGUGUGAAUAUGUUAAAGAGAUUUUAAUUGAGGAGUCAAAUGUUCAGCCUGUUAACAGCCCAGUUACUGUUUGUGGUGACAUACAUGGCCAAUUUCAUGAUCUAAUGAAACUCUUCCAGACUGGAGGUCACGUUCCAGAGAAGAAUUAUAUUUUUAUGGGAGAUUUUGUUGACCGUGGAUAUAAUAGUCUAGAAGUUUUCACGAUUCUUUUACUACUUAAAGCAAGAUAUCCAGCUCAUAUUACUCUUCUUCGAGGAAACCACGAAAGCAGGCAGCUGACACAGGUUUAUGGUUUCUAUGAUGAAUGCCAACGGAAAUACGGAAAUGCCAAUGCUUGGCGGUACUGCACUGAUGUGUUUGACUAUCUUACUUUGUCGGCAAUUAUAGAUGGAACAGUGUUAUGUGUCCAUGGUGGUCUUUCUCCUGAUGUUAGAACUAUUGACCAGAUCAGGAUCAUUGAACGUAAUUGUGAGAUACCCCAUGAGGGUUCCUUUUGUGAUCUCAUGUGGAGUGAUCCUGAAGAUAUUGAAACAUGGGCAGUCAGCCCUCGAGGAGCAGGAUGGCUUUUUGGAUCCAGGGUUACAUCUGAGUUUAAUCAUAUCAACAAACUAGAUCUUGUCUGUCGGGCUCACCAACUUGUCCAGGAAGGUUUGAAGUACAUGUUUCAGGAUAAAGGACUUGUGACCGUUUGGUCAGCCCCUAAUUACUGCUAUAGGUGUGGAAAUGUAGCUUCCAUAUUGAGCUUCAAUGACAACAUGGAGCGAGAAGUGAAGUUCUUCACCGAAACAGAAGAAAACAACCAGAUGAGAGGACCCAGAACAGGAGUUCCCUAUUUCUUGUGAUUCAAUUGUCUUACAUCGAUAGCUGCAACAUGCGUAUUUCUGCCUGGUCCUGCUCUUCUGCUGUUUUGAAACUACUGGCAGGUCAGGGAGCAAACCCCGAAAGAUACUGUACCAUUGCCUUGUCUGAAUAGAUUGUGACCUGUAGGAUGUUGCAUAAUGCAUUUUAAAGUUCGGUUGGCUUCUUUUGAGUUACAAUAUGAUGCAUUGACGAGAUUUGAUUUCUUGAUGCUGUUGGAAUGGUAUAUGUAGAUUAUUAUCCGCAAGUUCUAUUUUAAAUUUUGUUUUUGUUUGA